AAUUGGCAACCCUGUCAACCACUUAGAAAAUAGAGGCUGGGGUCGUUGCACGAAUGGGAAAGAAGCUGUCAGAAAAGGCUGGCUGGGGUUUGAAGGGAGAUCAGAUUGUCAUCUCUUGCAGCCAAUGAUUUCGGCAUACCUGAGCGGCGUAGCCCAAUCGAGGAGUUAGUGGGUGGGACAGCGGGUGAGCAGUCUCCGAGCUCUGAGGAGAGAUUUCUGUGGUGCUGCUUGCUGGCGGAGGCGAUGGAACCGUUUGGCUUGGUACGCGCUGUGAUCCUUUUGCUGUUAGCGGUUCCGCUGUAUGGUCGCGAACUCCGGUUCGAAGCGGGGGCAUUGAGGGUCCGGCGAACUGAAUCCGAGGCAGGAUGCGGCCCGCGAGACGGCGGCUUUGAUUUAGAGGUGCUGAGCAACAACACGCACAAGCGUGUCUUCAAUGAUCUCAGUGGCUCAGUUUCCCUAUCCUGGAUUGGCGACAGCACUGGAGUUAUUCUUGUGUUGACCACAUUUCAGAUACCUCUGGUAAUCAUGAGUUUUGGGCAGUCUAAACUCUACAGAAGUGAAGACUAUGGGAAAACAUUCACAGACAUUACAGAUCUCAUCAACAACACUUUCAUCAGAACAGAAUUUGGAAUGGCUAUUGGACCAGAAAAUUCAGGGAAGGUGAUACUGACAGGUGACAGAGCUGGACCAUACCAUACAGGAAGGAUCUUCAGAUCAUCUGAUUUUGCUAAGAACUUUGUAUUGACAGAUAUUCCGUUCCAUCCUUCAACUCAAAUAAUUUAUCACCCCCAGAAUUCUGAUUUGUUGUUGGCCCUCAGUAUUGAGGGCAGCCUAUGGAUAUCUAAAACAUUUGGUGAGAAAUGGAAAGAAAUCCACAAAGAUGUUUGCUUGGCCAAAUGGGGAUCUGGCAUAGCCAUCUUCUUCACCACAUUUCUGAAUGGCUCUUGUAAAGCUGACCUUGGUUUACUUGAGCUGAAGAGAACCAAAGACUUUGGGAAGACAUUCAAGACUAUAGGAAGCAAAAUCUACUCCUUUGGCCUAGGUGGGCGCUUCCUCUUUGCAUCUGUGAUGACAGAAAAGGGCAAUACAAGGCGAAUCCAUGUGUCACUGGAUCAAGGUGAAACCUGGAACAUGGCACAACUUCCUUCAGUUGGUCAAGAACAGUUUUACUCUAUCUUGGCAGCUAAUGAUGACAUGGUGUUCAUGCAUGUAGAUGAGCCUGGAGAUACUGGGUAUGGCACAAUUUACACCUCUGAUGAUCAAGGCAUUGUAUAUUCCAAGUCCUUAGAACGGCAUCUCUACACCACCACUGGGGGAGAAACUGACUUCACCAAUGUGACCUCCUUGCGAGGCAUCUACAUCACCAGUGUGCUCUCCGAGGAUAAUUCCAUUCAGUCUGUGAUUACCUUUGAUCAAGGAGGGGAGUGGGUGCACUUGAAGAAACCUGAAAAUGCUAAAUGUGACUCGACUGCCAAAAAUAAGGAAAAGUGCAGCCUUCACAUCCACGCGUCCUACAGCAUCUCCCAGAAGCUGAAUGUACCAAUGGCACCUCUGUCUGAACCCAAUGCUGUUGGAAUUGUCAUUGCUCAUGGAAGUGUUGGGGAUGCCAUUUCAAUAAUAAACCCAGAUGUUUACAUUUCGGAUGAUGGUGGCUAUACCUGGGCACGGAUGCUUGAAGGACCCCAUCACUAUGCCAUCUUGGAUUCUGGGGGCAUCAUCGUGGCCAUUGAGCAAACUGAUCAUCCUGUCAAUGUGAUUAAGUUCUCAACAGAUGAAGGACAGUGCUGGCACAACUAUGUUUUCAGUAAGGAACAAAUAACAUUUACUGGCUUGGCAUCAGAGCCAGGAGCAAAAUCAAUGAAUGUUAGUAUCUGGGGAUUUAGAGAGAACUUCCUGUCUCGCCAGUGGAUCUCAUAUACUAUUGACUUUAAUGAUCUUCUCAACAGGGACUGUGAGGAGAAGGACUACACAAAGUGGUUGGCUCACUCCAGCAAUCCCAGUAACCCUGCAGAUGGCUGCAUAUUGGGCUACAAGGAGGAAUUCCUACGCCUUCGCAAGUCAUCUGUCUGUCACAAUGGCCGUGACUACGUAGUGACCAAGCAACCAUCUGUCUGCACUUGCACAUUAGGUGACUUCCUUUGUGAUUUUGGCUACUUCCGCCCAGAAAACCAGUCGGAGUGUGUGGAGCAGCCAGAGCUGAAAGGUCAUGACCUGGAGUUUUGUUUAUAUGGGAAGAGAGAGCGAUUAAAGACCAGCGGAUAUCGGAAAAUCCCAGGAGACAAAUGUGUUGAUGGGGAAAAUCCCAACCGUGAAGAGACCGAUCUGAAAAAAAAAUGCACUAGCAACUACCUGACCUCAAGCCAGUUGUCUACUUCUUCCAGUUCUACUCCAGUCAUCCUGGCUGUAAUAGGCUUGAUGCUUGCCACUGCUGUAGCUGGAGUAGUCGUCAUUAAGAAAUAUGUUUGUGGAGGAAGGUUUCUGGUUCACCGAUAUUCUGUCCUGCAACAGCAUGCGGAAGCAAAUGGCUUUGAAGGAGUUGACACACCAGAUGCCAGUAAAACUGGUUACCAUGAUGAUUCUGACGAGGACCUUCUGGAAUAGUGAUAUUACAGAUCUCAUUGGAAUUGGAUACAUUUAGGUUUGGAUGCUGCUACAGAAAGGCACAAAUGCCAACAGUUCAUUUUACUCCUGAACUGGAUGCCUUUUCCAUGUCCAAGGGAUUCUGUGUUCCUGUUGCUUCCAUCAAACUGUCUAAAACCAACAAGGCUGCAAGAACUACUUUGGGGGAGCAGGGGGAGAUACUGCAGCUCUGAAUAAGGAAGAAGGGAAAGGUGGUUUGGUUUUUUUAAAAAAAGUAAUUUUGUUUUAAUCGGUUUUCUUUUUCCAGCUCUUAAAGGACAACUAAAUAGGAAUGUGAAAGCAACAUUUCACUAAAUAUUAGCAUUAAUAGGUACAACAUACUACGCUGCUAUAAGAAGGCUCCAGAUUCCCACAUGGGGGACAUGUUCCAUUCCAAUACAGUGAUGACACUGUUUUGAAACUCCUGCAGUGUGGCCAGCACUUCACCUAGCAAGCAGGACAAUGAGGUGCUGUGGCACGAACUGAGAGAGCUAACCAGCAUCCCAAAGGCCAUGUGCCAAAAUGAGGUUGCUAGUGUCAUCAAGUGGGUAAAUGUGCAAAGCAGAGAAUAUUCCAAGGCUAGAAGCAACUCGGUGGACGGGCUCUACGAAUCCAAGGAACUAAACUGUGAAAUUAGCAUGUGUGCUGCCAUAAAUCUAAAAACAAACAAACCACCUUUGUGUGGGUAAGAGAUUAAUUUUAUUUAAUUGUAGGACUAAGCGUACCAAUAGUCUAGAAAUAAGACUUGUUUCAAAUGUUAUGAUUUCUUGAAGUAGUAGAAAUUAAGUGCUUUAAAUCAGAUCUUGAAGGAAAGUAUCAUUUCUCUACAGGCGGCACCAUGAUGUUCAAUGUUUCUGUUUUUCAUUAUGCUCCUGUUUUCUUGAAAGCAAUAGAUCAGUGGUUGCAACCCACACUCCACUUUGCUAAUGUGCAUUUACCGACUUCUGUUUAACCAUAAAGGUAGACUACUACAUUGCACACAUGGUGAAAUCAUAACUAUUUCUUAAUAAUUUUCACUUCACGAGAGUACUGUGAAGUGAAUCUUGAUAUAGUUAUUUAAAAGUUCCUUGAACUCUGUAGCUAAAAGUUGGUCUGCUGGGAUGUCAGUUGGCAAUGGAAGCAUCCCAGUGUAAUAUCUGUUGGAGUAAGAACAGAGGGGUUCUUGCUAAAGGGACACCAUGGAAACACAAAGAAUUGAACCAGUAUGUGGCAUAGGUAGUGUUUGACUCCAUUGCCAUUAAGGGACUGGGAUGUUUGGAGAAGCACAACUGAACUGAAAGACCAUUAUAACAUUCAGUAAUUUAUUUGGAUACAUUUUGGCCCUCAGUGGUAGUCUUUAUGCUUCUCUUAGGAUUUGGUUCUGUUCCAACACAGAUGAGUGACUAGUCACAUUUUGUGCAAGUCAAAAUAAUAGGAAUACUUUGUAUCUGCACAAAGUAGGAAUUUUCCUGGGCAUAAUUUUUUAGCUAUACUUUUUAGUUAUUGGAGAUCUUGCUAUCCUUUCAUUGAACACCACAUGCAGUAGAAAGUGUGGUUGUUCCAGGUUUAAUUUUAGAUAAGGCUUCAUGUAAUAAGGGAGUGAUGAAUGCUUGUUUUUCAAUUAGGCUUGGAAAACUGAGCUAUUUCCAAAAGAAAUCAGAAUACAGUUUGGGUUUUUCAGUCCAAUUCUAAAUUCAGAUCUUAUGGUGCUCCCAGUGAUGAUGUCAUUGGGAGCAUGGCAGGGUCUGAAUAUCUGCCAUCAACCCCUGCAAAUACCCAUAACCUCGCUAUGAACUCCUAUACCCUACCUCACCCUGCUUUUAUUCCUCCAAGCUUUCCUGUUGGCGAGGUAGCACUAGCAUGAAGGUCUCACUGUAGGUUUCAGUAUGAGACUCCAUUCUGAGUGCCUAGAUGGUGCCAUAGCAUGUAUGCUAAGCACAAGGAGCCCUGAGACACACAGUAUAUUUCCAAGGGUCCCUGGUGUCUGGGAUGUUAAAGGACCACCUUCCCCUAAGUAGGCCUGGUAGAUCACUAAGAUAUUCAGAGGAGACCUUGCUAAAAAUGCUGCAACCUGCUGAGUGUCAUCUGGCAACAGUACAGAAGUUGCCUUUCUUCAUAGUGGUGCCUACCCUCUAGAAUGUCCCUCCCCCCUCCCAUUAUUCUGGAGGCACUGACUGUUGGGUGCUUCCGCUGUUUAAUAAAAACAUAUUUGUUUGCACAGGCUUUCCUAGAACACUAGCACUGUGCCCUUCUGCUCUUUUACCUGUGAUACUGGUUUAAUAUGUAUUUUACUUUUGAAAACUUCCUUAAGAUUUCUUUUAAUGUAAGCGGGAUAGAAAUAUUAUCAAAUAAAAAUAAAUACAGCCAUUGCAACACUGAAGAUCCCAGGGAGGGAGGUACAAAAGCUCUGAUUGUAAUCUGUGUAGAUUACAAAUUUGUGGGAGAGGUUAGGAAAUUGAGGGGUUUUUUUUAAUAAGGAGACAAGCAUUACAAGGUGGGCAAGUUUUGUGUUCUUCCAAACUAGGUAGUUACUGAUUUCAGCAACAUCACUAGUUAUAACCUCACUUCUGAUUCAACAUUCAUAUUCCUGUUGGCAAAAGACCGAUUUAGGUGAAUUGUCAAUUGUCAACCAUUUCUGCUUGCCCAAUGGUUCAGUCUCCCUUGUCCUGCCCGCAUGUGCUGUUCUGGUGGUUCUCCUGAUCCUCCGGAGCAGAUGUGCGGGGAAUGGAGACGGGAGGAAAGUCCCAUUGUGCCAGUAGGAGUCCUUUUAGUGGCUUCUGCUAGUGCAGUUAAUUAGUUGAAUACAACCCAAUGCAUUUAACCGAUCUGAAGCAUACAGUUAGCUUGUCUUGUAUCAAAAUGUAGUUGAAUUUGCUAGAUAUUCGGUGGCUAUCAGUUAUACUCUAGUGGCUAGAACAUGCUAAAGUCUCUGAGCUUUCCAGCUCUCUCUUUGGCAAUAAUGAGAGUAAGAAACAUGAAAGAAAGUGUCUGCCUUAGAUUUUUGUCCCUCAGUUAUUUUGUCCUCACUGUGCUUUUUGACUGGGCCCUUAUUUCCUCCCUCACACCACUGCAUCAUUUGAUUACAUCUCAAGAGUGUAGUUGUCUUUCUAGUCACUUGGUAUAACUUUUCUUGUUGCUUGUGGAAAGCACCAAUGAGAAACGCUCCUAAGUAAAGAGAGAUGGUGAGAAGGAAUGCUUGUCCCUGGAAAAAAGCUGUAGCUUAUUCCUAUUAUUGUCAAUUCUUACUCCAUUUUAAAUGAUUCCACUGAUUAUUUAUGGCUUCCAGGGCAGUACAGAAGCACACUUGACGUGUAAAUAAGAAUGCUGUUUACAGUUGUAAUGUUAAAUUCAUGAUAACUGAACCAUGAACUGAAGAGGGCUAAAUAAUCCUGUAUCUUACAGAGAUACUUCAAAACUAUUGAUGUUAACAUAUCUAAACUUUUUGUCUGCGUCUGCCCAGUGGAGAGCCAAGUUCAGAUUGCUUUAUUAUGCAUGUGAUGACUGAAACUCCAGAUGCUGGGCUGGGAAUGUAAUGGAAAGCCUGUAAUGUAGCUGGUGAAGACCUUACCCAAUUCAGUGUGAACGUAAUCUGACUACUGACUCUUCCCAUUAUAUGUCCAGCUUUCUACAUGCAUUAAAGCAUUUCUGGAAGGGUAGCAGGGUAAGAGAGUUUAUUGCUGGGCACCUGUCCAGUAGGCCUGUGACCUGCUCCAUUCCUCCGUUUCUGUUGGUCUCUCCUCAGUUAAGACACUAUACAUUGCACUUCACUGGCUGAUCAGGUGAGAACAUUCCAAGGAACUAGAAACCAUCCCUGAUUCACACACUUGCUGCCCUACACAAUGGUAGCCUUCCUCUCCAUAGUGUUGAGUAUUAGAUAACACUACAUCUUUGUCACUGCUGUAAGGGUGCUGCUUAAGCUACCAAACAGCCAUAGCGAUGUUACCAUUGCAUGUGCUUUGAAGCAUUGUUGUCUCCCUGAUGUGCCUCUAAGGCAGACCAGACCAUGUGCAUAAUGGCUGUAAAAUAUAACGAGAAAGCCAUAGCUCAUACACUCCUCUAUACAUAAUUUCUUAAGAUACACAGUCUGAGGCAAGGUACAGAAGAAAAAGGAAGGAGCCAUGUAUAGAGUUUGUAAAUAAGCUUGACUAUAUUAUAAAUUUGUACUGGUAUUUUUCUGUAUAUUUGCAAUAUUUGGGUUAGAAAUAAAAACAAAAAAUGGACUUUGA